AUGGUUCUCAUAGCAGCUACAGUAUGUACGAAAUCGGGGAAAGCAUUGGUCUCCCGACAGUUUGUCGAAAUGACGAAAGCACGUAUAGAAGGCUUGCUAGCGGCAUUUCCAAAGCUCAUGACAGGUGGUCGACAACAUACGUUUGUAGAAACAGAAUCAGUGAGGUAUGUGUAUCAACCGUUGGAUAAAUUGUAUAUGUUACUGAUAACAACUAAGGCUAGUAACAUUCUAGAGGACUUGGAGACGUUGCGACUUUUUAGCCGUGUUGUCCCAGAAUACUGUACACAGCUAACAGAAACUGAGGUUCUGAAUCAGGCAUUCAACUUGCUCUUUGCAUUUGAUGAAAUUGUUGCACUGGGUUAUAGAGAGAGUGUGAACUUAGCACAGGUUAGGUCCUUUGUUGAAAUGGAUUCUCAUGAAGAAAAGAUUUACCAAGCAGUGAGACAGACUCAAGAAAGGGAAGCGGCUAAUCGUAUGCGGGAACGCGCUAAGGAACUACAGAGAGAGAGAUUGGAGGCAGCUAAGAGAGGGCAAACCAACCGUUCCAACAUAUCUUUCGGUGGCGGUUUCGGAAGCUCCUCUAUGCCACCUUCGGCCUCUGGCGAGCCAAUCGCGGAGAAGAUACCAACAACACCAGUGCGAGAGACGCGCACGACCACGCGCUCUGCGAUGAAACUGGGCUCGCGGGGAACGGACGCGGACUCGUUCGUGUCCCGGCUGGCCAAGGAGGGCGACGUGGCCGCGAUGGCGCCGCAGGUGGCCGCCAUCGUCAAGGACGCAGCGCCCCACGUCGUCGACAACAAGGACAUUCAUCUGCGAUUCGAGGAGAGAUUGAAUUUCACAGCUGGAAGAGACGGCGACAUACAGAACUUUGAGCUUUCAGGCUUACUCACUUUGCGGAUUACCAACGAACAGUACGGUCGCAUUCAUGUGCACAUCGACAACAAGGACACAAGACCUUUGCAGUUACAGACCCAUCCGAAUGUAGACAAGGAGGCGUUCCGUUCAAGCGGCGUGAUCGGACUAAAACAGGUUCAGCGUCCGUUCCCGAUGAACAGCGACGUUGGCGUCCUGAAAUGGCGUCUAACGACAUCGAGCGAUGACAAACUGGCCCCCCUAUCCGUUAAUUGCUGGCCAUCGGAAGGAACCAAUGGUGGUUGUGAUGUGAACAUCGAGUUUGAGUUGGAGCAAGAUCACCUUACUCUUGCUGAUGUCAAUAUCACCAUUCCUUUACCAUCUGGCAACACUUCCGUAGUGGUCCAUCAGUGGGAGGGUAGCUACACACAAAAGGGUCGCAAUUUAAUAUGGAGCAUUCCAGUUAUAAAUAAACAACAGAAAACUGGAAGUCUAGAGUUCACGGUAACUCCGGCGAUACCCAACGAUUUCUUCCCCAUAGCUGUCAACUGGACGUCGGACACUUCGCUUGCCAAACUGACAGCUGUCAAAGUGACACAAGCGGAAGACGGCUCGCCGGUGGAUUUCUCGCAGGACGUCAGUUUCCGCCCGGACAAAUAUGAAAUAGUU